AUGACCCAACGCUUCCGUAUCGAAUUUGACACCCUCCAACAACUCCGACAAUUGUUCUUACAAUCCUUAGAAAUUCAAAGAGAAGUUGGAGGAAUAUUAUCAUCACGGAUGCUUGUGGACGACGAUCAAACGGAAAACGGAGAGAAGCACAAGAGAAAGGUUGUUGUUGUGAAUGAUGAUGAUUCCGAAAGAGUUGAAGAUGAAAACAUUCUACUUUUGGAAUUACCAACGGAUGAAGUCGCAAAUCGAAAGGUCGGAACACAACACAAAGAAUACACAUUAUGUGAGGUACAUGACGAUGUUCCUUAUACAUUCCAUUGCCAUCCCAUUGAAGUUGACAUCAAGUCACAACUUCCGAUCAACAUUUCGAACUUGAUAUCAAGUGAGGACAUGAUAGGAGUUGUACAAGAUCAUGUGUCCAAUAAUGGUUAUCUAUCAAACUGCAACGGAAAAUUAGAAUUUGAUAUUUUGUUAUGUCCACUGGGAUUGUUUGUUUCUAGUGCUACUGAGGUCAUUAUUAACAAGUGGAUUGAACUCGAAGACGAAAUUGUUGUGGACAAACAUUCAAAAAAGCUCAUGAAAAAGUUGAGCUCCACAAAAACAGAGGUGGAUGACUCAAAUUUUGUGAAUCAGUUAAAGCAUUUAAUACACACAACUCUCAACGAUGAUAAUCCGUUUUGGGCUAGCGAAGAAAAUGCGCUUAUGAAUAAUGGCUUUAAUGAAUAUGUUGGAAGUUGGUAUUACUUGAAUCGAGGAGAGGGAUUUUUCGCAAAAGAAAUACUUACCAAAUUUAAAUAUUUAGGAUAUCAAUAUUGGUGGAAAAAGCAAGUCUUCUCAAUUGAGAAGAAGACGAAGAAAGCAGCCCAAGUUCAGGAAAUUUGUGAAGUUGAAAAUUUGGAAACAAUGAAAUAUUUGGCAGAGUCUCUACCGUUGAACAAACAGUUGGAUUGGUUCAAGAGCACAGAAUUUCUAUCUAUUGAUUAUUCAAAGCACAAAUUAUUGCAAGACUAUUUGACGGAAAUGCGAACUUUUGGAUUUUAUAUUCAAUUUUUCAACUGGAACAGCGAGCGAAUAGAUUUUGUGUUUGUAAAAUAA